UUGAAAUCAGCGAGUUCAGCAUACACAUUAGUAAUAAUUCAUACAAACUGCAGCUGAGAUUUCAGCACAGUAUAACUGUAUUCUAUAAGCGCCUCGUUUCUCUGAGCGAAGGGGACUUUUGCCACAAGGCGGUUGGCAAUUCUGGCUCGUCUGUUUCUACUUGGCCUACUCUCCGUAUUCUGUACGGGUUUUCGCAAUCACCGGAUCGCGCGUAAAAACUCGCGUUCGCGAUCGAUUAGGCUCGGCAAGGCGGCUAAUGAACCUGGAUGCAAGGCGCUACAGUCGGCAGCAGUCCAUGACGGCAUCUCGCAAUCGUGAUCAGCGUGAUUGACCUCGAGGCGUCAUAGAAAAUUGGAGUAAUUGUCAUCGAAGCGGAUGGAUCGUGUCGAGUGUCAGUUACCUGAAAAAUGUCACGGUGCAAUCCACGAGAACGUCAUCGUGUGCGACUGAAUGCGAUAUUGUUGUGGAACAAUCGGCGAAAGACACAGGAGAUCCAACAUACUCCUUCGACUUGAGAACUCGUGUGCAAGUAAAAUCGAUAUACAACGAGCGCGAAUGUUUGCGCGAGCAUUCCUUCUGUCAAUCAAAAAACAAUAAUAAUACCAACUCAAGAGAAGCAUACAUUAUACACAUUCCUCCAAAAAGUUUUGUCAAUUUUAGUACCAAUUAAAAUACACGUUUUGUCUUCAUCAUGGACGAUGAUAUGGAUGAUAAAGACGACACGAAGCGCAAAUCACGCAAUCUCAGCGAAAAGAAACGCAGGGAUCAAUUUAACAUGCUAGUGAACGAACUCGGUAGCAUGAUUAGUGCCAAUACACGUAAAAUGGACAAAUCUACAGUUCUGAAAUCGACAAUUCUAUUUUUAAAGAAUCACAAUGAGAUAGCAGUUAAAUCCAGAGUUCAUGAGAUCCAAGAAGAUUGGAAACCGUCUUUUCUCUCUAACGAAGAAUUCACUCAUCUUAUAUUGGAGGCAUUGGACGGAUUUAUAAUUAUCUUCUCCUCGAAUGGACGUAUUUAUUAUGUUUCUGAAAGUGUUACAUCUCUGCUUGGAUAUCUUCCGAACGAGUUAGAGAACACGACUAUUUAUAAUAUAACAUAUCAAGAAGACCAGCCACACUUGUAUAAUGUCUUGUUGAAUCCUGGAAGUACGCGAGAUAGACGAACUGUGAAAAAAGAGGACCAAAUAUCUUUCACGUGUCACAUUAAAAGAGGCGGACUCAAUUUUCAGGAAGAUUCUGUCUACGAACUUGUACAAUUUAUCGGAUAUUUUCGGUCUGUUAAGGAUAACGAUGUCGACAAUUUACUGCCGAAUCAAAAAUAUAGUAACACCAACGCAUCAGACAACAAAUUAGUAUUCGUGGGCACAGGACGUCUUCAGACUCCUCAACUUAUCCGGGAAUUAUCUGUAACAGACAACACGAAGUCAGAAUUUACAUCUCGCCAUAGUCUGGAAUGGAAAUUUCUCUUUUUAGAUCACAGAGCGCCGCCCAUUAUCGGAUACUUACCUUUUGAAGUAUUAGGCACUUCCGGUUACGAUUAUUAUCACGUGGACGAUUUAGACAAUGUUGUUACGUGCCAUGAAUCACUGAUGCAGAAAGGCGAGGGAACAUCUUGCUAUUAUCGAUUCCUCACGAAAGGUCAGCAAUGGAUUUGGUUGCAGACCAGAUUUUAUAUCACGUAUAAUCAGUGGAACUCGAAACCUGAAUUUAUCGUGUGCACACAUUACGUGGUCAGUUAUGUCGACGUAAUGAAGGAAUUACGCGCUGAAUUGGAGGGUUACGAUAAAACGGAAAAUCAGGACGUUUUAAUACCUGUAAAACAAGUCACAACAUCUUGUCAAACACCAUUGACGCAAUGGUCGAACAAAUCAUCAAAGACAUUAAAGUCGAUGUCAAUCGCUUCCAAUCUCCGACAUUGCGGUGAUUCCAACACAUCUUCGAUAUCCGUUUCGUUACGAAGUUCUCCACAUUCACAAAUAACGCACGGAUCACACUCGAAUGCAGCUUCUGCAAGCAGUUCCAUAGUUUCAAAGCCGAUUACGUCGAUGGACAGUAGGCAACAGCAACAACAACAACAACAACAACAAACGCAGCAGCUGGAUGUUAAUCAAUCAUGCCCUAAUUUUAUGGAUCCACAAUAUGCAACUGUUAAUUUACAGCCAGUUGUCACAGCGGGAUUUGCGACGCCUGCUGCUCCUAUUCUUUCAACGAUGCCUACCCACGAGAUGUUACAUCAACAGGGCAUAGUGAUGACUCCUGCACAGAAUCAAAUACAAGACGAAUUACAAAGAAAACACGAAGAGCUACAACAGCUGAUUGUUCACCAGCAGGAGGAACUAAGAAGAGUUUCGGAACAAUUGUUUAUAGCCCGAUAUGGGAUUCUCACGCCGUUAUUAAAUGCGAGUAUAUCAUACAAUCCGUCGAAUUCAUGUCAACAAGCGAAUCGAUGCAACACCAACAAUACUAAUGUCCAAUUGCCUACAUCUAGUAGCGUAGGUGUUAAUGUACUUCCCAUACCUAUCACCGUGCCUAUAGUGCCUACGGAAUUAUUUUCGCAUUCCUUACAAGUGAGUCCAUCGUCGAAUUCAACGCAUGGCAAUGUAGGUGCUAUAAUUCAAACUCAACAGCAGCAACAGCAUUCACAAUUGCAACACCAACAGCAGCAGCAGCAGCCACAACAGGGACCACCUCAACAGGAAAAUAAUCCCGAUCUCGUGUCUUUCCAAAUUUGCCCGCAACAAGCCGAAAUGAUCUACGGUAACAUAGAUGCGUCCUCGAAUCAGCAAUAGACAUCAUCGCAAAAUUAAAUUCUGUGACACUCUAAUUGUAUUCAUCAGAUGGACAAGAAACGUCUUCGAACUGAUCGACAAUUAUCUGACAAUUAAAUUCUUCUAACUCUGCUGUAUUUAUUUAUCCCAGUGAAGGAAUUAUCAGAUAAUAUCUCUAUUAUCUGAUAAUGUUGCAAUUGUUCUUUUAUUUACAGAAAAAUGCAUUUUCAGAACGUGUAUAUGUGUGUAUGUGUGUAUGUCACGAAUGUAAAAUUAUUCUAAAAAAUUAUUAUAUAACUGUGUUUGUGAUAUAUCGCAUGCACAGAUAUUGCAUAAAUUGUAAUAUAACAUAUUGUAAUAUAACAUUGACGUUUUAGCAUAACGUGCAAUUUUUAAUAUAUAGAUGUAUUUAUGUUCAAUUUCUCUGAUAAACCACUGCAUGAAAUAUGGAUUAAUGGAACGCGAGAUCUAAUCGGUAUAUCUUUUAAAUUAUAAAACUACAAUAUAAAGAAACUUUGUAUGUGCCAAACUUAUGAGAAUUUAAACAUUGUAAAAUGAUCUACAAAUGAGAUAAAAAUACUAAUUUUUACUAAUUAUACUUUUAUAAUUCUGAUAACUUUUCAAGACUUAUAAUCGUAUCAAUCUUCUUCAUUUAAUUGACGGUUCUAAAAUUUCAUUCAUCUGCCAUAAAGAAAAUACAAUUUAUAUCUCUGUAAUAUGAAGAAUAUUUUGAAAACGGAAAGAUAUAUAUUGUAGCUAAGAAAAAGUGCGGCAAAACAUUUAAAAGUUAUUACGCUAUUGUAUAUGUGUAUAUUGUAUAAAAAUUAAUUUAAUUUAAAUUCUUAAUUAAUUUAAUUUAAGUAAUUUUCUCGAGGAUUGUUCAAUUAUUUCGGUAAAAUGUAAAGAGUUUACCAUAAUAAAUCAAAAAGCUCUGAUCAAAAAAGAGCACAUUGCAUAAAUGCAUAUUUAUUGAAUUUAUUUGUUCGACAAAUGACGAUAAACAUAACAUUUGGAAAAAAGGGACCAAACUCCAUAUUUUUUUCCGGAACAGGGUAUAUUUACAGAUUUUGUAUAUAUGAUGAUAAAAAAAGUAAUAUAUAAAAAGUAAUAUAUAUUUUGUUGUAUGUAUAAUAUGUAUAUGUAUAAUAUUAUCACUUUCAUACAUAUCUAAUGUAUUGUAAACAAAUAUAUGUUAGAUUGUUAUAACAUUUCAUAAUUGUUGCUCGAUAAAAAAAAUAUGUGAUGAAAAUAAACCAGAAAACAUUCCAACGAGGAAUUCGCAGGAAACCGCGAUCUCGUGAAACGCGUUCAAAUUGAUGUGAUAAUGUUCUUCAAAUAAUUGUAUAAUAUAUAUGUAAUACAACAAUUGAUAUAGAUUGGCAUAAAAGUGAUUAUUAACAAACUAGAAAAAGAUAAUUGAUAAUUUUAUGUUAUAUGUGAGAACAUGAAUUAAGACGUGUAUAUGUAUAAAGGUAUACAUUUUUAAGUAUAUAAUGUACAUUUUCAAAUAAGUAUUUUCUGCAAAAAUCUAAA